CCAGCAUCUCGGCCCAGGAGGAAGCAUUCACAUUAGGAAAUGGCAGAAGCAGUUUUUCAUCCUCCCAGAAGGAAAAGAAGAAUUUUUGAGUCAUAUGACUCUCCCUUUCCUGUGGCUGUAGGUGGGAAGGAUUUCAGGAUAUGCCGGGCUGAAAUCUUGAACAACAAUGUGAUUGUGAGGAACCCUGAAGACAUUGAACUGCUUUAUAACAAGGGCUAUUUUGGGAAAGGUAUCCUUUCCAGAAGUCGACCAGUGUACAGCAUUUCAGAUCCUUCACUGGUUGCUAAGUGGCAAGGUGCUAACCUAAACCUGCCUAUAAUCACAUCCAAAAAGUACCAGCACCGUGUCCAGUGGGCUAAAAGUGUUUUACAAGAGCAAGGAUUGGAUGAGUGCUCAGUUACCAAAAUCCUUGAGAAUUACACUAAGCCUGUUGAGCUGCCACUUCUGGAAGAGGAUAGAGCUGACCAAACCAGGAACAGGUGGAGCAGAACUGGCCUAAACACAGAAAAUACAGAACUGCCCACACAGUCUUCUACAGACACUGGAAACAGAGUAGCCCUAAGUCCUGACAGUCAGCACGAAGGCCUCAAGAAAGCCUGUUUGGAAAGAGACCCUCACUUUGACCCUGUGGCUGUAUGUGGCUCUGAAAAACAGGAACAAGGUGACCUGAAAGAGAAAGCUGAAGUGUCUUGCCAGAAGCAUGCUGCUCUGGUGCCCUGCAGCUGCACAGCCAAGGAGGACACUGAGCAAAAACCUGGUGAGAUGAUCAGGUCAGAAGGAUGUGCUCCAGAGUAUGUCUUGGUGGAGGAGGAAGUAGAAGGUGGCUUAAGUCCUGAAGAUGGCUGUGCUCAUGCACAAGAAAAUCUCAUCAAGAAGGAAAAACUAGUAUGCAGAAAAAAUCCAUUUAGGAUUUCUGAAUAUUUACAACUCAGCUUGGAGGAGGCUUUUUUCUUGGUCUAUGCUCUGGGAUGCUUAAGUAUUUAUUAUGGUGAGGAGCCCCUGACUAUUGUGAAGCUCUGGGAGGUUUUCAGUGAAGUGAAGCCCCACUUCAGAACCACCUACAUGGCCUACCACUACUUUCGCAGCAAGGGCUGGGUCCCCAAAGUUGGGCUGAAGUAUGGAACUGAUCUCUUGCUGUAUCGGAAAGGCCCCCCCUUCUAUCAUGCAAGUUACUCUGUCAUUGCUGAAUUGGUUGAUGAUAGCUUUGAAGGUGCUCUUCGCAGACCUCUCUGCUGGAAGGCCUUGUCUGGGCUGAACAGAACAACUGCUAAUGCUUCUAAGGAGCUGAUGUUGUGCUAUUUGAUCAGACCAUCUGACAUGACUGAUGAGGAGAUGGCAACACCAGAAUGCAUGAGAAGGAUCAAGGUUCAGGAACUCAUUGUAAGUCGUUGGGUUUCUUCCCGUGAGCGCAGUGAGCAAGAUGACUUUUAACGGAUUGCAUAGGAGAAGCUUAUUCAGAACCACUUCUUGGUUUUUACCCAGUUUUUUUUUCAUGGUGACCCCCUGCCUGAGAGCAGUUUCUCUCAGCUUACACAGUUGGUAUGUAUUGAUGGGAUUUUAAGUCAGGUAUAACCUGUUUGCUGGAGAGGACGUUGGAAAACGUCCUGGGAGAACUGUAAUAAUGAGAGCAAAAGGGAAAC